AUGAGACGGCUUCACGAACAUACGGAAAGCUUUAUUCGUCACUCUACGCCUAUAUGGAAUCUGAAUAACCAUCAUCGUUUCCGUCACCAACAACUCAACAACCAACAACUGCAGCAACAAUAUUCAGAAGGAUAUUCAGAAACACCUGAUUCAGUCUCAAUUUCAUUUAUCACCAAUUUUAAUGACACGCCUACAAAAGUGAACAACCCUAUUUCUUUACCUGCAACAACAACAACAACGACACGCAAUGCACCAAAGAGCUUUAGAAUCAUCAAUGAGUCUAUGAUUCCAAGAAGUAUACUGUUUGAAGUUGAUGAAAGAGAAGAUGAGUCACCAAGAAAAGAGCCUCAAAUUGGGAAAGAAAUUUGUAAUGACAUGGAAAUGCCGCUCUAUAGUUUUGCAAGUAGCACACUCGUCAACUGUAACAGGUAUCGUCAGAAUGUAGAGUUAAUCGAAAGCUCGCCUAUUUCAGUUGAGUUUUUGAGAUCCAAAGCUGUAGGUGGUGAGUGGGCAGACUGUCGUGACCAGGAUGAUUUGCUUAGAGCCAAAGAGGUUUUCCGCAACCUCUAUGAGAUGAGCCCUUAUACCACUACUAGUUUUGAACCGAGAUCAGCAAUAAAUACAAAAAGCGUUCGAUCUAAUGCAAGUAUAAUGAACAAAAUGAACAUCAAUGAAAAUGCAAUGAACGGUGUAAAAGACUAUUUGUCCAACCAUACCUUGAAAGAUAUUACAGAUACAAAGCAUUCAACGCCUUCUAUUAUGAAAGUGGAGCUGUUGCUAAAUUAUGAUGACAUAAAUUUGGUUGCAAAUUCAAACAUUGAAGAUGUAGAGGAAAACGGCGAGGAGCAGGACCGAGAAAACAAAUCGCUACCAUUGAAUGCAGAGUUUAAAGGGAUAUGCAGUACUCCUACACCUACCAACAAUAAAAACAACACUAAUAAUAAUAAUACUCCGUGGAUGUUCUCAAAAGUGUUGGAAUUAAAGCAAGAGCCAGUUGAAGUUUCGAAUGCUCUGUUGGUUGAAAUGAAAAAGGAAAUUUUGCUAGAUCAUUCAUUUAAUCAAUCAACUAAUAAUGCAUCGGAUCAUUCGAGGCAUUUUCUCGUGACUUUGAAAUUUUCGCAACAAAACAUUUCAAAGUUGCAAACACUAUUUGUUAAUUCAAGAAAUUCGCCAAAACUACAAUCACAAUCACAAUCACAAAAACAACAAUUUGAUGAAACUAGUAUUUCUUCAGACGAGUCAGGUGAAACCAUACACAGAUUAAAAAAGAGGAAAACAGUUAUAAUAAAGAAAAGAAAAAGUUGUGCAAACAUUCCAAAGCCGAAGCCAAAACCAAAGCCAUCAAACAGCAGAUCCAAAAGCGGUUGCUGGACAUGCAGAAUUCGUCACAAAAGGUGUCCCGAGGAAAAACCUGCUUGUAGCCAAUGUGAAAGACUACAUUUGCAAUGCGAUUAUUCGAAAUCUAGACCAGAUUAUAUGCUCGAUGCUAGUCUACACUCUGCCAAGCUCGAAGAUAUCAAAGAGCAAACCAGUAAAGUCAAGAAGAAGAAUCUACGCGAAUUAUGUAUCAAGCGAAAGCACCAAAGAUCUGCCUCACGCUUUGCACAAACUGACUAA